GAUAAGGCUACUGAGCACUGAUAGCUUUAUUUGAUAUUAUAGCAGGAUGAGUUGCAACAUGUAAAUUAUCAGAUUUGGAAACUAAUUAUAAAGGAAACUAAUUUUACUGUUCAAACUAAGGAUGGAGAAUCUGCCAGACCGUGCAAUCACGAAUAUUGCAGUCUACUUGAGACCACGGGAGUUGAUGGCUUGCUCUGCAGUUAGCAGGAAGUGGAGGGAAAAGUUCAACAUAGACAAGGUCUGGGAGCCCCAUCUUCAGUUUUUAGGGAAUUAUUACAAAAUUCAAGAAAAAUACAAAGAAAUGAUACUUUGCCCUCCGUAUUUUCAAACUUUAGUUCCUUUAUGUGCAGCGAGGGAAAAUUACAUUAGAGACCAGUGUCUUCGCUUCAACUGUAGAACUGGGCGUUUUACUGUAGAAUCCUUCAAGCCAAAAUCCGGAAUAUUUGUCCACAGGAUUGUUGACCAUCUCGAUAAAGAUGGAAAUUAUUGGCUGUUUUUAAUUACCGAUGUUACCAUAGAAGUUUGGAAUGUUACAAAUAAACCUUACUUCCACUGCAGUGUCUCAGAAAGAUUGAGAAAUGUAGACACGCUCUACGUCAUUAAUACAAAGAUUAUUGCGGUAUACUUAGACUAUGUUCAAGUGUUUCUUUUUGAACCCCCGAAUUUCAUACCUAUAUUUUGCUGCUGCUUUUUCUUCCAUGAUGAUGUCGUAACACUUGAUCCAGGGGACCCUAUUGGAAAAAAGUACCAUUCUAAUAUGAAACAUUUUGUAACCGAUAACAUCUUACUCGGACACACAGCAUCAAUUCGUAAAUCGUUCCUAUCCAACACAGAAUUGCACAUCUGGAAUUUGGAUACUCUGGUGAAAUUGGAAGCAUCCACUAUUGUCCAAGAACGUAUCGUGCCUUACGUAAUAGGAGAUCAAGAUGAUCUCAAAGGUUUUAUCAAAUUUGAAUAUUUUAGAGGUGAUUCAUCGUUUGCACUUGUUGCUUUAAAUGAAGAGGAGAACGAGAAAUGGAAGGCAUCGGCUUUGAUUCUCCGGCUUGACCCACCGCGGGUUGUAAGAUUUCUGCAUAGUUUCGAGAGAAGUAAGAUCAUCUGGUGUAGUAAAGUCAAGCGGGUUAUUGCUAUAAUCGGAUUCAAGCAUAACACAGGCUAUUUUUUGUGUUUACUGAGCGAUUCGGGAACAGAAACGGCACUGAAAAUCCUGAACAAAUUGGACGUUAUAGACCUUCAUCAGUUUUCAUUUACUAGUGCAAAGAUUUAUGUAAAAACUAUGAAAGAGGUGAUGAUUGCUGAGGUUAUGUCUGACAGACUUGUGGUUCACAGCUGUUUAUACGAUGACCAGUUAUCUAUAGAAAGUAUCAACGUUACAAACAUUUUUCUGUUUUCUUCAUGUUACAACGGUCAAGUGCGACUAUGGGACAUAGAUUGUUGCUUUUUCGUUAAAUCGUUGCCUUCUAUCAAUGGGAUGAUAGACAUCAGUACAAUCACUACAUUGAAAGAUGUACGUUUUCCGCCAAAAAUUAUUUGCACAAACGUUGCAGGCAGACACGUCAAUGUUCUGAGUUUUUGGUGAUAAAAUUUGGGAACACCUUGUGCUAAGAUUAUCCUUAAACAUUUCAAGAUAAGAUCAUUCUAUUUAUUUGUUAACAUACUGUACAGGAUAAUUGUUUAUUGCCUUUAUUAUUUUGUGUUACAAGAUGGUAUAACAUAGCUGCAUUUUUCGUAACAAAAACAAACUUUUUUGUUUAAUGACUAUUCCACUGAAAUGAUUGUACAUCAUGACCUAUUGGUAGGGUUGUCAUAUGGUAAUGUAAUAGCUGAUGAGCCCCUACCAUGGGAAUGGUCCAAGGAUGACCUCCUGGAAAUAUUUUGGAAGUGAAGUAUUAAAAACACUUUUUGGUGCAUUUUGACACAAAGAAGCAAUGACAGGCUCAAUUCAUUAAUAUUAUUGUAUAAUUCUCAAAUGCUUUACAGGAAAUGUUUUUAUUAUUUUUUUUUCAUAUUUAAAUUGUAAAUCGCAUAAACUUACACAAAAAGAGUAAAAACAAAAAUAUAAAACAAUAUACUUCCAUAAUUUUAAUUUUUUGAACUGCACAGACUAUUGGACAAAAUAAAUAAGGCUUGUUUGCUUAUUUUAUUGAAGUACAUACUUGAAAACAACUGCAUUAACAUAGUAUAUUUUGUAAUCAAACACAUGUUCUUGUUUUAAGGGCAAUAUCUUUUUUAAUAAAUCUGUAUUUGAUCAAAGAUGCUAAUUAGGAAAUCUUUCUUUAAGACUAAUUAAAAAUACACCUGUAUUAUUUUACAUUUGCUAAUUCUGUCUUUUUAUAUGUAUCCCAUCAGUGUCACAAUUAAUACAUGUUAAACAUUAAAGGCUACGAAGAUUAAGUCUUAAACACUGGUUAAAUUGCUGUAUAAUAAAUGUCCUUUAACAAACAGAUUAUAGAACAUAUAAAAAAACAUUUCAGUAUGGUUCCUUUGCUCCUCGAUUCAGCUUGGUUCACUAGUGUCAUUUGGGCAGUUGACGUAAUGUUUUGUAUCCUCAGGUUUUAACAACAUUUAAUAAGGAUAAAAGCUAGCAAAGAUUCCUACCAAAAUAAUAUUAAAGAACUUAGUUUCUUGUGAAAAUUCGCCGGAGCUUUAUUUUUACACUUAAAAUACAGUACGGGGAAAUCCAGUACAGCUGCUACUGGUUUUAAAAUAUCCUUUCUUUAAAACAUACAAUUGAUAGGUUGAAAAAUGUGGCAUUUGAUAAAUAGCUAUAAAACCAUUAGAAUAUGAUAGUAUCUGUUUUAAAAAUUUGAAGGAAUCGAUUACUGAAGUUAAUUUGUUGUAGAGAGGCCACCCAUAAAAUUAAUCCAAAAUCAACAUCAUUAUAACCUAGUACAAAAUAUUUUAGAUUUAUCUUUAAGAAACAAGAAGGUUUAAUGGCCAUUAAAUAACACUUUGUUACAAUAGGCUUCAUUAACAUAAUUUACAGUUACAUUAAAAUUAUCUAAAUUAUACUAAUCCUACAUUAGAAUUAAUCAUAAUUGUCAUAUUUUUACUUGAGUGUUUAUAAGUAUCAAUUUAUAUUAAGUUAAAAUGUCUUUGGUCUACAUUUAAUACAUUAGACAAGUUGAGCAUAUUUCUUUUAUAUACUCAUGAAUUGAGUAAAAAGAUUUGAGCUUCAACCAAGUUGAAAUAACUCGUUUGAACUUAUUUAUUGGGAAAUCCUUUAUAUCCAGUGGUAGCUUGUUGAAUAUUCUAAAUUACUGACAACUGUAGCUAUUAUAUGUCUUAACCAGUCUUACUUUGGGUGAUUAGAUUUGGUUCAAAUCUGGUUGUAAUCAUGUAAACACUUGUGUGAAGUAAAAGCAUUAGCAGUAGCUCUAAUGUAUGUUAGGAUUUGUUAAUUUAUAAGGUCAAGUUUAUUAUUAUUGAUGUAUGCUUAGUUCUUUGUACCACCUACUUAUUGACAGUAAUGCUUAAAAUAUUUUAAGUAAUGGAUCCAUUACAAAUAGCAAUGGGAAGUUAAAUCUUAAGGUGAUUUAUUUGAUCUCAAUUGUAUUAAAUUAUUUAACCUUUCUGUAAACAUUGACUGUGUUCAAACUAUUGUGUUGAAAUAACUUGUAAGAGAUUUAUAUUUGUUGUGACUGACGUUGGAUUAACUAUUUACAAUUCUACGAAGGUUAGGUUAAAAACUUGAUUUAUUUGUAAAACUGUAUUUAAUGUAUCUGUGUUAUUUUUUAAAUAUAAUAUAUGUUAAAUAUCUUGGUGAGUAAACUUACCAAGUUUUCAUGGCAGAACAAUUUUUGUACUCAUAAAGUUUUAAACAAAUUUGAAAGACUGAAAAAAUAAAUACUGCCAGCCCCAUACCAUUGUUAUUAUUGAUAGCCAGUACCAUACAACCAAUAAUAACCCAUCCACAUUAUUAUUGGGUGUUUAAGAACUGGAAUAAUAGUGAUGUAGUGUCUUGGAACUCUGUAAUCUUUGCUAAUUUACAAUUAUAAAAUUUGUCAGAUAAAUUUAACAAUUAGUCAUUGGCAAUUAAUGUUUUAUAACAGUAUUAACAUAUUUCACAAUGCUAGCUAGGAUCAGGAAGAAAUUCAAUUUCAGUUCUAGUAUAUUUGAUCUAAUAAUACUGUUGAUGACAGUUUAUAUUGGUAGUUCACAAUAUAUGUUAAAAGUAUUGUAAUUUAUUACGACUGUAUAUGAUCCACAAUAUUAGAUAUAUUGUUUUCAUGUAACAUUAGAUAAGAACCAUAAUUUAUUGAACACUAUGAAAUGAAAUAUAAGAUAAAUGCUUGUAUGCAGCAUUUUGCAUGGUCCUCUUAUUUAUUCGUGUUGACGAGAUUCUAGGAGUCCAGAAAUUAGUAUUAGGUCUUUACAAAAUGUAAGUUAAUGUGGAUUUAGUGUAAGUGCUUUACACUUGUUUUUAAAGUUUAUACAUGUACUACUUUGCUUUGUAAACAAUAUUUUUACCUUUUGUGUACAGAAAUAAAUUAUUGCAGUUUUAUAAAUUUGUA